AUGCUUGGGCGCAUCUCCAGAAGAUUACUAUCCCAGUUUUUGACGGAGACAAGCGCUGCUUCCAGUCCUGGUGGGCCGCAUUCUCGACUUGCAUUGACAUGGCACCAGUCACGGCAGAUUGCAAGAUGUUGCGUCUGCGCCAGUACCUGCGAUCGCAUGCGAGGAGAGCCGUUGCGUGCCAUUGACAGCUUCGGAUAUUCAGCUGCUGCGUACAACGCGGCCAAAGCUUUGCUGCUGCGGAAGUAUGGCGGUGAACGGCGGCGUAUUGCAAUCUAUCUCGAGGAGAUCGAGGCCAUGCGACCAGUCCGGCAUGGCAAGGCGAAAGACCUUGAGCAGUUCUCUGAGCUCUUAGCAGUAGCUGUGGUCAACCUGGAAGACGCUGGUCGCGCUGCUGAGCUUGGGGCAGGCUCCUUUUAUACUACCCUGCUGCGGAAGCUGGACGAGCAGAUUGUUGUACGCUACCAUCGAUGGCGCUACGAUCGGUCUCUGGCGGAAUCGGUGCACGGUCUGCUUGAGUUUUGCACAUUGGAGGCAGAUUUCCUGAUUACUGCAUCCGAAACUGUCAGCGGAUUCGGCACCAGCGGCAGGAGCGACUAUUCCCGCACAGGUCGAGACUAUCGCAGUGAACAGCCUAGGACGCUAGUGACCAGCAGUCAGCCUCAGUCACAGUGUGCAUCCUGCGGAGGCCAGCAUAGAGCUUGGCAAUGCGUUGCCUUCAAAGCGCUAAGCCCCAAUAAGCGCUGGAAGCUGGCGAAGGAAAAGGGCCUCUGCUAUCGUUGCCUCGACACAGGGCACAGUGGACAGGAUUGCUCAUGGGGUCGCGAGUGCGGGAUCGGCGGCUGCACCAAAGUACACCACCGACUCCUACAUGGUCUGAACAAGCAAGCCAGUCCGCCUGCUCGAUCUUCGAGCGACAGUCAGCAACAACAGUCAGCAGCCUCAGCCUCCGAGGAGGACGAGUCGCGCACAACGCUCUCUACCGCAAGCACUGCUACCCCAGCCGUGGCCAUGCGGACAGUGCCAGUCCUGCUGAAGCACAACGGGGCGGAGCUGAGAGUAAAUGCGUUGCUAGACGACGCAAGUACGAACUCAUACGUCAGCUCGCAUGUUGCGAGUGAGCUCGGUCUUGCUGGAGAGCAAGAGGAUCUGACGGUAAAAGUGCUCAGCGGCCGCACAGAGGUCUUCCGCACGACAUCAGUUUCCUUGAACCUUUCCAGUAUAGACUGCCGCAUGUGCAUGACAAUGCACGCCUACACUGCCGACUCAGUGAUUGGAACCAGCGGCACGGUCAACUGGCAGUAUAAGAAGCAGCAGUGGGCUCACCUGCUCAACUUUCCCUUCCUAGCACUGGAGAAGCGCCGUCAAAUUGACGUUCUGGUCGGCCUGGACUGCGCCGAGCUGCAUAGGUCGCUGCAGGAGAUCCAGGGUGGCCCCGGCAAGCCGACAGCCCGACUUACACCUCUCGGCUGGACCUGUGUCGGGCGCGUCAAUCGCAGCAAAGCAACGAAUCCCGUCACCCUGUUGGCUGAGGCAGUGCCACUGGAUGUCGGGGACAGUUUCGCACAGCUGUGGCAGCUAGAACAAUACAACCGGGCUGAGCCACAGCAAGCCAUCCUGUCGGCGCAGGAGAAGGAGGUAGUGCACGCUACGAAACAGUCGCUGCAGCUCGUAGACGGACGCUACGAGGUUGGCAUUCCAUGGUGCGAUGGACCACCUACGCUUCCUGACAACUUUCCCCAGGCCAUGAAGCGUUUACGUAGCACGGAGAUGCGACUGGCGCGCGACUCGGAUGCAGCAGCAGCCUACAGCAGCAUCAUCAAGAGCUAUGUCGACAAAGGCUACGUCCGUGAGGUUGCCAAGGACGAGUUGAAGCCUGGUCAGCAGUGGUUCCUGCCCCACUUUGCCAUACUGCGACCAGACAAAGCGACAACAAAGACCCGGAUCGUAUUUGACGCAUCGGCGAAGUAUGAGGGCACAUCUCUCAACGACACGAUGCUUCCAGGGCCGAAGCUACAGCGGCAACUUCCUAGCGUUCUGACCCGUUUUCGCCAGAAGCCCGUAGCCAUCGUUUGUGACAUCGCAGAAAUGUAUCUGCGCAUCGGACUGCGUCCUGAGGACCGGCAGUAUCACCGAUUUCUAUGGCGUGACCUGGAUGACACGGCGGCUCCGCGAGUAUAUGAAUUUCAACGACUGGUUUUCGGAGCUAACGCGUCGCCAUUCUUGGCGCAGUUUGUAUCCCACGAGCACGCUAGAGCCCAUCAGCAGCAGUACCCGUUGGCAGCCGAAACUAUGCUUGCGUCAACGUAUAUGGACGACUCCAUGGAUUCUGCUAUGGAUGACGUCGAAGGCGUACUGCUGUACGAGCAGUUGUCGGAAUGCUUGCAGGGAGCUGACAUGCGCGCCCGAAAAUGGCUCUCGAACUCCAAAGUAGUCAUGGAGAAAGUGCCCAAGGAGGAUCGAGCAAGCCAGAUCGACCUCGACUCCCCGCAGCUGCCAAGCAUCAAGACACUUGGACUGCUGUGGUCGGCCACGACCGACACCUUUGCGUUCAAGCCAACAGCACCAGGCCAGCAGCGCAUCACCAAGUGCUCAUUCUUGAGUGCGACAGCUAGUGUCUUCGACCCGCUGGGGUUAGUCUCCCCGUUCAUCAUGAAGUCACGCAUGUUGGUGCAGGACAUGUGGCUACCAGGUAUGGACUGGGAUGACCCGCUCCCUGAUGAGCUCAAUCAACGCGUAACCGGAUGGUAUACUGAUCUAGCAGCACUCUCCCGUCUCAGCAUCCAGCGCUGUCUGCAAGAAGUUAAUGCAGGCAACCCCGUCAGUAAGCAGAUCCACGUGUUCGCUGACGCGUCUGAAGGCGCCUACGGCGCGGUGAGCUAUCUGCGUUGCACGUAUGAAGACGGUCAUGUGUCGACCGCUAUCAUCGCAAGUAGAUCCCGUGUCGCUCCCACCGUAACUGUUCAAUUCCCAGGCUAG